CUCAGCCUCACUUGAGUGUCGCGUUCUCCCUGGGACGCACCCUCGGUGUGUGCAGUACGUGUAGUGUCGAGUGUCUAGUGCUUGUGCGGGUGAUCGAUAGUUCACCGAGAACCGUAAAGCUAGUAGAGCAGUGACGGUGACGCAUUUUUGUGGGUCUAGGAUCGAUCGUUGUGAGCGGCGAGCGCCUGUCGCGCAGUCGCUACCAGCGCCGGCCGCGAGAGCGCUCUAGUGUAGGCUCGGCGGCGGGCGGCCAGACAUGUUGUGUACGCGCGCGGUGGUGGCGGGCUGCGAGCCUUGCGUGGUCUGACGUCCCUACGACAUGGAGACGCUGAUAGGUCAGCAGUACAACCCGCACCUCAAGAAAGUGCUCAAGACUUACCAGCUCAGUGCGGUCAAGAGUCUGCAGGGUCCGAGUACGGUGCUCUCGGAGGAGCCGUCGCGGGUGAAGGUUUCGACGUACUCGCCGGAGCCGACACCUCCUCUGCCGGUCCAGCAGCCGCCCAUCCUCACCACCCCGGACCGUUCUCACAGCGAGAGGUCCGAGACCGUACUCGAGGGAGAGAGGAUAUCGUGCUUCGUGGUCGGUGGCGAGAAGAGACUGUGUUUGCCUCACAUACUCAACAGUGUGUUGAGAGACUUCAGUCUGCCGCAGAUCAACCAGGUGUGCGACGAGUUGCAGAUCUUCUGCUCGCGGUGUAACCCCGAACAACUGGAGGAGUUGAAGGUGUCCGGGAUCCUGCCGACGACGGCUCCGUCGUGCGGACUCAUCACCAAGACUGACGCCGAACGUCUGUGUUCCUCACUACUGCACAGACAAGCUCCUUCAGCUAAACUACUAGCGGCGGACAAGAGGAUCACAGUGCAGAUCAAGGUGUACCACGAGUGUUUCGGCAAGUGUAAGGGCGUGUGUAUGCCGGAGUUGUACACGGACAGCAGUGCCCGGUGUAUAGAGUGUACAGAGUGCCAUGGACUGUUCGCACCUCAGACAUUCGUCUGUCACGCUCACCGCUAUCUGGAGAAUAGAACGUGCCACUGGGGCUUCGACUCGUCCAACUGGAGAGCGUACCUGCUGAUGGUGGAGGACCAGCCGGACCAUGAGCGGAGGGCGAAACUCUUCGAGUACUUCAAGGAACAGUUCACCGAGCCGGAGCUCACAAAGAAACGGAAAGAGAUACAACCCACAAACCCCCAGUGUGGGGUGCGACUACCUCGGAAAAAGAUCGAGGAGUGUCUGGAGGUGGUGGGAGACAAGUUGAUAGAGGAGGAUGAGGUGGUGUCUUGCAAGAGAGCUAAGCUGGAGGACAGCGGGCUACUCAGUCCGUCAGCGGCGGCAGUGUACCUGCAGCACUACGAUGCAUUCCACUACUACAACAACUGGUACGAGAGCUGGGCCAGGAACAUGGGCGCGUGGAGACCCUGGCCCUCCUUGAGCAAAGAAAGCAAACAUGUUCCAGCGUAUUUAAGCCACGACCCGCCUGUCCUGCUCCAUCCUGAGAGAGUUGUUCCGCUGUCCCAGAUGGAACAAUUUGAGAGCAACUUCCAGCCCAAUGUUGCCCUAGCACCACCAGCUCAUAGGCACGACUCAGUUCCAAAGCAAGAGCCAGUCACAGAGGGGAAGGAGAAGAGGCCGUUGUUAGCGCCAAAACAAGAACCACCCGCAACACCCACUGCAUUAUUCAACUCCGAGAUAGAGCUGAGUACGGACACCGAGGACAGCGCUUCCGAGACCAACAACCACGAGAAUGCGGUCGGUAGCGUGGUGGAGCAGGUGGCAGCCGUACUGGAUGCGCUGAGUGACGCGAAGGAGGCGACGAGACAGCGAGUGAUCGGAUUGGUGGAGAGGUUAGCCGUGCGGUUAGACCGGGUAGAGGCGGACAAUCGCAGACUGAGAGAAGAGAACGACCAACUGCGCAAACAACUGCAGAGGUUCACCAAGGAGUGUGAGGAGUUGAAGAGUUCCCCCGCAGUACCUGAGCUGCCCCGCAGUAGCCCCGUCUCUGUCAUCACCUCCCCCGCCAUAGUCAAAACUGAACCCCAGUGAAGUUCCUUCUCACUCAUCAUGUUUUCUACUAUUUCUUAAUAACGUGUACAAAUGUGAACUUUUCUAAAUGUUUGUUGUUAACUUGUCAAAUUUCCUUCCAUUUUCUUAUCUACUAUCCCAGUCUGUGAUAGCAUUGCUUAGAUAAGGACCAGUUAACAACAGAACAUUGAUUUUAUUUCUUCCGCAAGACUCUUGCUUGACUUUGGAUCCUUACUUUUGUUGUUGGAGACAUUUUACUGCUAUGUCGCAGAUAACAUUUCUUUUUUAAAAUAAUUUGUAAUAUGUUUCUACAUUUUUUUGUAUAAAUUAUUUAUUGAAUCUGCUAGCAGUUUAUAGAAUUAGGCUAGAAAAAAACCCUCUUUGGACAAACUUUUGAUAAGUUCCUUAUUUUACCUUGUUGCUGAAAAAUGUAAGGACCUUAGAUCUUGAGCAAAAGUCUUCAAACUUUUCUUAUCAUUUUAAGGGUAAUAACUGCCAUUUUUCUUUUAUAAAAAUUACUAAAUAUUGUCAUUGUAUUAUACCUUGUAAUUAUAUAUUGUUGUCAUUUUUAUUAUUUAUCAUUUGACUCUUAGAGAAAGAGUCGAAUGUAAAACUAAUUUACCAGAGAAUAGUCACAUAUUAUUAUUUUAUUACAUUCAAUGUAAUUUACUUUAAUAUUUUAUUUAGUUGGUAUGUACGAGACUUUAGGAGCAAGCUUUACCUAAUUUAACUAUUUCGAGUUAUUUUUUUGUGCCCAAAGAUUACUCUGGGUAGAAUAAUGUGACCUUUAAGAAAAAAAUUAUAAAUCCCUAAAAUUAUGAAAACCGUAAGCUUAUUAUAUAUCCAUUUAUAUAAAUCAAAAUCAUGGUGAGUAAGCUAUCUAAACCAUCUUAGUGAGCCUGCCAAAAUUAUUAUAAAAAUCAUUAUUAAAAUGCUUAGAUAAACCGCUCAAAUACUUUUUUGUGCCUUCCAAUAAUUAAUUAUAACUUUGGUUUUUUGUAUUCUCAAAAAUGUAAUAAUUGAAUGUACAAUAACGAUAUAUUUUAAUAUAUGUAGAUUUUUUAUCAGAUACCUUCUUUGAAAAGUUUAAAUUAAAUUUCCUUGUAAUAAAUUUGUAGUUACACAUUUAUUGUGAUUAAUUUAUUGACUUAGAGGAUUUUAUUGAUAUCGUAUAAAUUGCAUCCAGACAAUUAACUAGAAAUUAUGUGGUAAAUGUUAUUGGUAUUCCGUAUUCUUUGCCUUUUAUCAGUGUUGACUAAAUGCAAUCUUCAAAAGCUUGUAAAUUAAUAAGCAUAAACAUAAGCUUAGCCAGCAUACUGCCAAAAGCAUAAGUUUGUUUAAUUAGUAUUUUAAUCGAUACUGCCAAAGUUGUAACAUUGUAAUCAGACAUUUUGACUUAUUGUGUCAUUGUAUUGUUAAUUAUUAUCUGAAUGUUGAAAUAUUAUGUUUAUUGUUUGUGAAGCAAGAGUAGCUUGUACUGAAAAGCCAAUGAAAUGCUCAAUAAGUGCUCAAAGAAAAAUUUGAUAACCAAUUUAUUUAUUUUUAAUUAAUUUUUGCACCUUAAAAAUCGGUAACAUACUUUACUUACAUACUGUAUAACUGAAUUACCUGGCUGUUUUUAAACACCAAAAUCAAACAGCAUUUCUUUGAGCACUUUGAAGUAGUUUUGUAUGUGACAAACAUUGCUGACUUGGUCACCAAUCCAUACAACAUAAUCAGUACGAUUUACUUUUUUUAGACGAAUCAAAGAUGUGAAAAUUAUCUAAAUAGAAGAAAAAUGGCUACAUUAAUGUAUUUUAAUUGAGAGUACAAAUCUGCAUAGGUCGCGGCCUUCCGCACUUGUGUUAAUCUUUGUAAAUAUAUAAGUAAAUAUAAUAUUUAUAUUUGUCUCAUGACAUACGUGAUGACGAGACAUUGUCGUAGCAUUGCUGGUAGCUGGCGUCAUAUUAUUUGUGAUCUCAGACCUUUAGAAACAAAAGUCAAUUUAUUUUCAUUUCUUCAGCUUUACAUCGGUGCUAUUUGAACUGCGGUCUAAAGUUAAGUUGGGUUCAAUCAGCUUGUUUGUGUAUAUAUCUGUAGAUACUGUGUACCUGAGGUAGUCGUUCACUGCCAACCGGUCAUAAACAUGACGGGUUUGAACGGUAAAGUCGUGUCCGAUCUGUGUACGGUUAGUUAAUCGCUAAAUUUAUUGAUUUUCCCUUCCGAGUUUCCCGCGGCUCAGAUAAAUGUUCAACGCUUCACUCCCAUCAUGUAUAAAUUUCUCUUAAGUUUUUUGCUGAAAAGACAGAUCCAAAGUAGAUUGCCCGAGCUAGACUGUGUAUAAUCUAAACCCCAGCACCACGAGAAAUAGCCACAGAUAGCUACUAGCCAAUAGCCAUGCUUCCCACUCAACUCAAUAGCCACAGAUAGCCACUAGCCAAUAGCCAUGCUUCCCCACUCAACUUGUACCUGACCUUGUGUUAGAAGUUAGAGUUUGUACUUUUGAGUAGCAAUUCACCGAUUCAAUUUUUAACCUUUUGAUUUAAUAAAUUUAAUGAAAUUGGGUUGUUUUAUUUACAGUUCCUCACAGAUUGUUAAUUGCUGACUUUUUGUAGAGUUACUGUAAUUAUUUUACAUUUUUACCGAGUUUUUAAACUGUUUAGCUACAAAUUAAAAUAGUACAGAUUUUUAAUGUAAACAAUAAUGAAUUUUUGGGAAUUUAGUUGUAAUUGGUGAAUUGGCAGCUCAACAGCACAAACAGAAAAAGAUUGCUGUAGUAUGUUGUAGGCAGAUUAUCAGGUAUAGUUAUUAGUAGCUGUGGCAAGCAGCAAGCCGUAACUGUAACGUAGCAUUAACCAUAACAGGUAGAGUGGCACGUAUAGUCCGGACCCUACUGAAGCCGUUGUUUUAUGUGUUAGUGAAUACAGAUCUUGCUUUGUUUUGUUUAUGACUAUUGUGUACAUAAAGUUGAUUAUUGAUAUAAGAAUUCUUAGUAUAGAAAUGCCCUUUUUGGGUACGUUGUUUUUAUAUUGUUUAUUAGUGUUGACCCUGUAAAUAGCAGUUGAAGACGACCCGAGUCAGCCGGUGUAACCACUCGUACCAUAACUUUAUAUCUUUCCAAAUGACUAAUCGUUUUUUAGUUUUCAUUUAUUUAUUUCCGAGCGAGGUUCGAAUGUAGAAGCGACGGAAAAGAGAAGUAAGCGGGCUGUGAUGGAAUUUUUACGAGGGGUAUUUUUGUAGUUUAGGGAGAAAUUUGAGCUUGUUAGUAUUUGGUGGGACGGUCAUUCGAAAGUAAGCGUCAGAAUGUUACGAGUUUGUAUCGAGCGAUGCAUAAAUAUUGUUAUCGAACCGAAAGUCAAGCCUUUUUUUAACGCAAUUAGAAUGUGACUGACUGAGCCUAAUUUCCAAUCGGAAAUCUCUAAGAAACCACGUGUGUUCAAGUUUCCGAGUCUCGUUCUUUUGUGAAAACGCUGUUUUUUUAUUGUUGUUGUAUAGUUAAAAACUUUAUAUGAUUAGUAUAUAUUUUUAAAGAGACACUGCUAUUGUAUUAUUUGUGUGUUAAUUUCAUUUGUCUGUUAGUUUGUGCCAAUUCAGCUUUUGACGCUUGCUAGCGAGAGGGUUGACUAUGUACAUAUUUAUUAAUUUAUAUUAAUAGUAACGAUUUUUACCCAUAACGAUGGGCAUAAAGAAAUGUAAAGAAAUACCUCAAUAACGAGUUUUAUAGUACGAUUUGCCAUGAAGGUUAAGUCAUAGAACGAUACACGAUUGACAAGCAAACUUUACUUCAGUUUUUUAAUAUUAUUUAUUCUUCUUUCCAAAACUAAUGAAUUGUUUAGUUUGUCUAGUAUUUUAUGCAACCAAAGUUGUUUUUAGUGAGGACCUCCCCGUUGUGGUACCUGUGAUACAACUUAAUUUUAUUGAAUUAAACUUUGCCCCAUUUUGAAAA